CGGAUGUAGAGUGCUGUCAUUGUCAAACGUCAUAAACUGUCAUCUUUGAAGUUUUUUCGAUUUGUUUUGGAAAAGCUUUUGAGCUACAUUUUUCAUUAAUCCGAAAACAUCGGAUUUCUUUCAGAACUUUUCAGAGUGAAAUUUCAAUAAACGAAGAUGACUGCACCUACUGCAGGGGGAGAUGGCAGCAGAAACAGGACUUUAGCCUACAAGGAUAAAAGUAAACCCGCCGAUAUUAGGCAAAGUAAUAUAAAUGCCGCAAAAGCUGUUUGUGAUGCUAUUCGUACUAGUCUUGGACCUAAGGGAAUGGACAAGAUGAUACAAGCUGGGAAUGGAGAGGUUACUAUUACCAAUGAUGGAGCUACAAUACUUAAGCAAAUAAAUGUUAUUCAUCCUGCAGCUAAAAUGUUAGUAGAACUUUCAAGGGCACAAGAUGUUGAAGCUGGAGAUGGAACCACUUCAGUAGUUGUGAUUGCAGGAGCCUUGUUAGAUGCUGCAGAAAAAUUGUUGCAUAGAGGAAUUCAUCCUACUGCCAUCUCAGAAUCUUUCCAGAGAGCUGCUGUUCUUGCUCUUGAUAUUCUACAAGAAAUUGCUACACCAGUAGACAUCACAAAUAGAGAACUGCUGAUAAAAUGUGCAUCUACAUCUCUGAACUCGAAGGUAGUUUCUCAGCAUUCUACUCAACUGGCACCUUUGGCUGUAGAUGCAGUGUUGAAAAUUGUAGAACCAGGGAGAGAACAGGCUUGCAAUCUGAAAGACAUCAAAGUUCUGAGACAGCUUGGUGGAACUGUAGAAGAUACAGAAUUAGUGGAAGGUAUUGUGUUCCCACAAAGGUCUUCUAAUGUUUCUGGUCCCAAACGUGUGGAAAAGGCCAAAAUUGCAUUUAUUCAGUUCUGUAUCUCACCACCAAAGACCGAUAUGGACCACAAUGUUAUCAUUUCUGACUAUGCAGCUAUGGAUAGAGUGUUGAAAGAAGAAAGGGCUUAUAUUUUGAAUAUAGUCAAGCAGAUCAAAAAAGCUGGGUGUAAUGUCUUGUUGGUGCAAAAAUCCAUUUUACGCGAUGCUGUCUCCGACCUUGCCCUGCACUUCCUUGAUAAGAUUAAAUGCAUGGUGAUCAAGGAUGUUGAAAGAGAAGACGUGGAAUUUGUUUGCAAGUCACUGGGAUGCAGACCAAUUGCUUCAUUGGAUCAUUUUGUGCCAGAGAAUCUUGUUACUGCUGAUUUGGUGGAAGAGGUUGGAAUGGCUGGCAACAGGAUGGUCAAAAUUACUGGAGUUCAAAAUGCUGGUCGCACAGUCACACUCCUUGUCAGAGGCUCUAACAAGUUGGUGCUAGAAGAGGCAGAACGUUCUAUACACGAUGCCUUGUGCGUGAUUCGGUGCUUGGUGCGCAAGAAGGCGUUGGUAGCCGGCGGAGGCGCACCGGAAGUCGAGGUCUCGCUGAAGCUGGCCGCCAAAUCGAACACCUUGGAGGGUAUCGACGCCAUUUGUACCAGGGCGUAUGCUGAUGCGCUCGAGAUCAUACCGUUCACGUUGGCUGAGAAUGCUGGGUUAAACGCCAUUCAGACUGUGACAGAACUACGAAACCGUCACGCAAAAGGAGAAAUCUCAGCCGGAAUCAAUGUUCGUAAAGGAGCGAUCACUGAUAUAUUGGAAGAAAAUGUUGUACAGCCACUCUUGGUCAGCACCUCUGCAUUGAGUUUGGCCACAGAAACUGUUAGGUCCAUCUUGAAGAUCGAUGAUAUUGUUAAUACCAUGACAUAAGAAUUCUUGCAGUCAUCACUCCAAAAUAACUGCCAUGAAAAAUGAAAGCACAGCCUUGACUGGGUGAUGUCGUGGUGAACAUUAAUAUAGUAUUACACACAUUUUUACACAAUUUACUAUAACCUUAUCAAUGAUUUUCGCUGUUUUCCUAUGUUUGAACUGUUCAAGUAGAUCUUGAAGUGUUAUUACCAGAGGUGUAACGCUCGCUAUUUAACAAAAUAAAUGACAAGAAUUGAAAGAGCUUUUUUAUCGUCGUGGAACAGCAAUAUUUUCGACGGUACCUCCAUCAACCAAAAAGUGAACGAAUCAUUUAAUGACAAUUUACCUCGCAUUGUAAAGUCACAAAGAUGUACCUUUUACUGCUUCGCCGGAUCUUCUGUUUGAGUUGACUUGCAGUUAAUGUUCACGUACAAAAAAUACAGCGUUGUU